AUGAGCCCGUGGCAGCAGCGCCCGCCCAACGGCAGCGCGGCCGGCGGGCCGGGCCCGCGGGGCAACGGCACGGGCCGGGCGGAGCGCGGCAGCGCCGUGUCCGUGGCCAUCCCGCUGACCAUGAUGCUGACGGGCGUCGCGGGCAACGCGCUGGCCAUGCUGCUCGUGUCCCGCAGCUACCGCGCCAAGGGCAGCCGCAGGAAGCGCUCCUUCCUGCUGUGCAUCGGCUCCCUGGCGCUCACCGACAUGCUGGGCCAGCUGCUCACCAGCCCCGUCGUCAUCUCCGUGUACCUGUCUGGCCGGCCCUGGGCGGCCAUGGACCCCUCGGGCCGCCUCUGCGACUUCUUCGGCUUCAGCAUGACGGUGUUCGGGCUGUGCCCGCUGCUGAUCGCCAGCGCCAUGGCCGUGGAGCGGGCGCUGGCCAUCCGCGCCCCGCACUGGUACGCCAGCCACAUGAGCCCGCGGGCCACCGAGCGCGGCCUGGCCGCCAUCUGGGCCGCCGGCGUGGCCUUCGCGCUGCUGCCGCUGGCCGGGCUGGGCCGCUACGCGCUGCAGUGGCCCGGCACCUGGUGCUUCAUCAGCACGGCCGGCGGCAGCGCCUUCGCCGCCGCCUUCGCCGCGCUGGGGCUGCUGUCCCUCGUGGUGACCGGCGCCUGCAACCUGGCCACCAUCGAGGCGCUGGUGUCGCGCUGCCGAGCCAAGGCCGGCGCGCCUCAGCCCGGCUCGCGCUGGGGCCGCAUCGCCACCGAGACGCUGCUGCAGCUGCUGGGCAUCAUGUGCGUGCUCUCGGCCUGCUGGGCACCGCUGCUGGUGACCAUGCUGCAGAUGGUGUCGGAGCCCCCGGCCGGGCCGUGCCGGGGCUGGCAGCGCUGGGAGCCGCGCAGGGAGUGCAACCUGCCGCUGACGGCCGUGCGCCUGGCCUCGCUCAACCAGAUCCUGGACCCCUGGGUGUACCUGCUGCUGCGCCGCAUCCUGCUGCGCAAGUGCCGCCAGGCCGCCAGCGCCGUGUCACACUGCCCCAACGGCGCCGAGUGCAGGGACAGCCACACGGACAGGGCCCUCACCCUGUCCCGCGACACCCGCCGCACCGCCGCCUGACGGGUGCUCACAACGGCCUGGGGACACCACUGCGGCCUGGGGACACCACAGCGGCCUGGGGGACAUCCCACUGCGGCCUGGGGGACAUCCCACAGCGGCCUGGGGACACCACUGCGGCCUGGGGGACAUCCCACAAUGGCCUGGGUGACAGUGCACUGCAGCCUGGGGACACCACUGCGGCCUGCGGGACAUCCCACUGCGGCCUGGGGACACCACUGCGGCCUGGGGACACUACAGUGGCCUGGGGACACCACUGCGGCCUGGGGGACAUCCCACAGCGGCCUGGGGACACCACUGCGGCCUGGGGACACCACAGCGGCCUGGGGGACAUCCCACAAUGGCCUGGGUGACAGUGCACUGCAGCCUGGGGGACAUCCCACAGCGGCCUGAUGAAUGCUGCACAAUGGCCUGGGGACACCACAGCGGCCUAGGGGACAUUGCAGUGGCCUGGGGGACAUCCCACAAUUGCCUGGGGACACCACAGUGGCCUGGGGGACACUACAGUGGCUCUGCAGUGGCCUAAGGGACACUGCACCGUGGCCUGAGGGACAUCCCACAAUGGCUUGAAGGGACACUCCACUGCAGCCUGAGGGAACAUUCCCACAAUGGCCUGAGGGACACUGCACAGCAGCCUGGGGGACACUCCAUAAUGACCUGAGGGACAUCCCACAAUGGCCUGGGAGGACAUCUCACUGUGGCCUGAGGAAAAUGUGCUGAGGGGACAUUCCCACAGCUCCAGGAUCCGCAGCUGCCUGGAAACCCUCCUGGGAAUCUGCUCCAUGCUGGCACCCCAUCAUGGUGUCGCUGCUUGGACCCAGAGUGCCAAAUUCUUCCUGCAGGGUGCCAAAAGUGCUGGGAUACAGCAGGACAGGACACUCCCUCUGUGGUCACUGGUGGCUGAGCUGCACAACGGGAUGGGGACAUCCCAUGGUCCCUGCAGAACGAGAUAAGGACAUUCCACAGUCACUGCAGACAGCAUGAGGACAUCCCACGGUCACUGCCACUCCUGGCUGAGCUGCAGAAUGGGAUGAGGACAUUCCCUGGUCACUGCAGACAGGAUGAGGAUAUUCCAUGGCCACUGCCACUCGCAGCUGAGAUGCACAGUGGGAAGUCUUGUGGGCCUGAAGAAGAGCCUGAGGGGACUUCUCUUGCUUUAAGGUGGAAAAAAUUUCUUUCCUGACAACCAACAGAUUCUAGAGAUGGAAUUACUGAGGGGACUCACUCCUGAGAAUGUUUAACACUGACAUCUUCAGAGAGUCCUUCCUCCUCCUUUCUGGAGGGGCAAAAGGAGACAGGGAGAAAAACCACAAGGAAUAAGGAAAAAAAAAUGAAAUUUGAUUGGAUUUCAGUGUCUUAAAGCUGAGCAGGGGUGGUGGCAGUGAUGGAACACCCAUGCCUUCCAGGAACUGAAGGCAGCACGAGUCUCCUGAGUCACAGACGUGUCCUGAUAAACUCUCGCCCGUCCCUGUGGCAGCUGAGAGAGCUUGAGGAGGAUUAGCAAGGGGCAAGGGGAGAAACCCCAGAUACAUCCCUGUGGAAUGCCCAGACAGGCUGGCAUUGCUGGAAUUGCUGCUUGCACAGCACCCUCAGAGCUGCUGGGGCAGAGGGAGAGGGGCUGGAGCAGGCACUGCUGCUCAUUCCCCUGGAUCAGUGGCAGGGGCACCAGCAGCACAAAGCUGUGUGAGGAAUGGGGAUGGCACUGUGAUCCUGCAGUGCCCCACAGAGUGCCCAGAACAGCACCCAAAGAGUUCAGCUCCUCCAGAAACACAAAUGUGGCAGCUCAGGCAGGUUUUAAACUGCGGCACACUGGAAGCAGGGGGUGGGAGUGUGUGAAUUUGUCAGGUCUUUUCCCAAAGAAACUUCCAUGGUUUAGUUACAAACUCAGUUCCAAUCCAUUUGUGCCACAUCUGAAGAUUUUUUAAAAAAAAAAAAGCUGUGUCUUAAUGCAUUUUCUUCACCCUUUUGGAGCUGACAGCCUCCCAUGUCUCCUGUUUUGUGGCCUUUGGGGUGAAGUUAAAUGCAAAUACAAUAAAAUACAGCUGAUAUUCCAUGUGCCAGGCACUGUGGAAUUCAGGGGUCUUACAGGCAAAUGAAGUCCUGAAUCUGUGAGGAAUUUCUUGCACAAAACUUUAUUUUACUCUAUUUAAUUUGUUUAUAAAAGUAACUCCUCAGUGAAGAAUCUGUGCCAUCAUCUUUGUUCUGCAUUGUCCGAUUCCUGUCCACAUAAAUCUGAUUUUAUCCAGGUGA